AUAUGAAACUUCCUCCAGAAUUUCCCAUCUUCUUCUCCAAUCCCAUUUCUCGUCUAGAAAAAAAACACCUCACAUCUUCAAAUCCGUCGAUAUUCUAACAGUUAAAUAAAAAAAUGUCAUCAAAGUUUAGUGGAGAUGAAACGGCACCGUUUUUUGGCUUCCUCGGCGCCGCUGCUGCCCUUGUUUUCUCAUGUAUGGGAGCGGCGUAUGGGACGGCAAAGAGCGGAGUUGGCGUGGCAUCAAUGGGGGUGAUGAGGCCAGAGCUGGUAAUGAAAUCGAUAGUGCCAGUUGUUAUGGCUGGAGUUUUAGGUAUUUAUGGUUUAAUUAUUGCUGUGAUUAUUAGUACUGGUAUUAACCCAAAGGCCAAAUCCUAUUACCUUUUUGAUGGCUACGCUCAUUUGUCUUCGGGUCUUGCUUGUGGCCUCGCUGGCCUCUCUGCUGGCAUGGCCAUCGGUAUUGUUGGUGAUGCUGGUGUUAGGGCUAAUGCACAGCAGCCAAAGCUUUUUGUUGGGAUGAUUCUCAUUCUCAUUUUUGCCGAGGCAUUGGCAUUAUAUGGCCUCAUUGUUGGCAUUAUCUUGUCAUCCCGAGCUGGCCAAUCCAGAGCAGAAUAGAUGUUGCGAUUGAAUGGGUUAUUGCGCUCAAUCAUUCUGAGGUUGAUUAUAUGCUAGAACUGCAUGUGAAGCAAGCAGUCAAGUUGUUUGUAUAAUUUGGAGCAAGUCUUCCAGUGAAAUAAAGCUUGCAAAGAUGUUUCUGUUAGAAAUAUUUAUUUUUUUAAUAUUGAACUACUUAUUAAUAACAAUAUAUAUUGUAUGUUGUCGA